AUGGCUACAGUGCUGAAACAGUGCAAAAUUAACAUCUGGGAUGAAUGCCCUAUGGCACACAAACAUUCGCUUGAGGCGUUGGACAGGACAUUGAAAGGCAUGAGAAACAAUGACAAACUGUUUGGUGGCACUCUGUUACUCCUUUCAGAUGUACCAAUUGAAUUCAAACGGGUUCAAUUUCCAAUCAGAUUGGCAUUCGCAAUGACAAUCAAUAAGUCUCAAGGCCAAACGAUGACUGUUUGUAGCUUAGAUCUGGGCACACCGUGUUUGUCACAUGGACAAUUAUACGUGGCAUAUUCCCGCGUGGGUAAACCAUCCAGUUUUUUUGUGUUGGCUAAAGAUAGACUUACUAAAAAUAUCGUACACUCCAUUGCACUAAGAGACUGA